GUGCCGUUCCGAGCUCGUGCACUGUGAAUCACGUCCUACGUCAGAGUCACACUUGCAACGCGCGUGAGAGUACGCUCGGUGGGGUUGAGAGGUUGUUUGUAGCUGAGCGCACGCUUUUUCAAUACAUCAGCUCAAGGUAGAGGAAGACCGCCAAGCUUGCUUUAGCGUUAUAAUCAAACUGCGCUUUGACAUCGUACGCGACGCGUUUAAUUCGGAAGUUCAAGUAAAUCGCUGUAAGCAAGGUGCAGAUGAAGAGGAUGCUGGGAUGAAUGACGAAACAUCACGAUGGACUCUCACUUCAGUACAGCAUCACUGUUAACGUUACUCCGUUUAGCGCUGACACCGUUUACACUGUUCAGCGCUUAAAACCGCGCCAAAGGCCAUUUAUAAUUCUGGAUAUCGAUCCUGAAACAGGAAUACGAGCAUUUGUGUUUGUUGUAGGCUAAACCGUUUUAAUCGAUGGUCUGGAAAAAGCGCGCUGGUUAAGAGGAAGCUUUUUGAUUAUUUAAGUAACGUUGUUGCUUUGUAGGAGUAUAACUUCGCUGUUUUAUUGUGUAAUUGGCUAUAUGAUGUAAUAUACAUUAUAAUAAACAGCUGAGUACCCAAUACUGAGCUGUGUUAGGAGUUUAAAGUUGACCAUGAACUCUUGAACAUUGACUUUGACAUCAUGGAUAGACGCGGAUGAUUUUCAUCGAACAGAUUUCUGGACUCCACAGCAAGGAGAGCAAUUUUGUCUUUACUGUCCCAAUACUUAUGGAGGGCACUGUAUAUAUGUCACACCACAGGACAAAAGGAUCUAAGUGUCUCUUUCAUGUUCAUCCAUGACUCUGCUGUUUGCUGAUGGAACAGAAGGUCCUCAGUAAGUCCUCCAUGGUUUCCAGACUGCCUAAAUUUGGUGCCCGUCCUGUCAAUGGUACCAGCUCACCCCUUCCCAAUGGUACCCAGACUACGCUCACCCAAGAGAGCAAAAAUCCUCCUGCUAGGCCAAAUGGAGUGGUCAGAGCCUCCUCCUUUUCCAUGAAAUGGAGGAAGGACAGUGGUGGGUUAGUGGACCCUUCAAACCCAGUCGAGGGCGGUAUACCAGAGGAGAAGAAAGAAGUUCGCUCCCAACAUUCUCCAGGAAAUAGGGAGUUAAAAAGCCCUUCUACUUCUGCAACUAAAGUGCGCAGGUCUGCCUCCUCAUUGUCCACUGGAAGCCCCAAACCUGUAGCCAAAUCCCCUAAAUCCAUCCCGAGUCCUAAACCAAAGCCCCAAAACACUCAGAUCACGACGACUUCCAAAAGUCAGGACAUAUCCCAAAAAGGCUCAAGCUCCAAGCCAACUCAAAAUGGAACGUCAUCUCUGGGGCCUUCAACAGGCCAAGCAGCCUUUUUGGGGCUACAGCGACCAAGGGCGAACUCUAGCUCUACUCGAAGCACCUCUAAAGACAGCUUGUCCCAGUCCAACGACAGCCUCUCACGACAGUCGGUCGUGCCUGACUACAUGGUGCGUUCUCAGAGCUUCACCCACUUUAAGCAACUGCCCUCACCAACAUCUUCACCCAUGACCCGGUCCUUUUCUUUCAACAAGGCUGUGGAGCUAGCCAAACCGCUAGCUAAUACACAGUUGCGUCCUCCGCGAACACUUGGACUCAAAUCUCCCCUGACCCUCAGCAAGGGCCGGCUAGUGCUUGGUUUGGGGGGCCUGGGGUUUGGAAAGGGGUCAACAGAUAGAUUACCUGCUGGGACUCCACCUUCAGAGAGCUUAACGCCUCCUAAUUCCAUAAAAAGGCCACUUCUGCUUAAUUCAGUGCUGACAAAGCACUCGUUACAGGCCUACAGGCUAAAUCGACCAACUGCUGCCAAACCACAGUGCCCUCUAGUGGUUGGGAGGAGCCCUGUGGAGAGUGACGGUAUAACCCCACCUCUCACUCCAGAGCUGCCCCACUGUGCCACAAAGAGUACAUCAGCUUCCAUAGAUUCCCCAGAGGAGCCUGUGACAGAGCCGGGGUCGGAUGGGAACCUCCGUUACACUGGGGAUGGAACAGAGGACAUGUCUCUCUCCUCUGCAUCUUCUCUUGAGAGAAAUGACACCAGUGAGGAGUUCCUAGAUGACUUUGAUAACCUAGGGGACCAAUCGCAGAAUGGCAUCCUGCAUAACAAAAAUCCUUUGGCCAUACCCACCCAGAUGCGCAUGCAGAGCUUCUUGAAUGAGACCAUGGACUGGACUGGGAUUGGGCUGGCAGUUGGCAAGGCAGAUUUAAGGGGUGGUGUGCUCCGUGGGCCGCCGCUCAUGUCCCCUGAUGUGGAUCGUCAUGCGACCUCCUCUCUGGAGCUCUCUCCCUCUAACAGCUCUGGAGGAACGUACAUGUGGGAUGAGGAGGGCAUGGAGCCACUGGGACAAAAUACUCACAUACACCGUUGCAGCAGUUAUGAGUCAGACCUCAACAGUAUAGACGUUCUGAACCACUUGGAUAACACUGGCUCAUGUGACCUGGAAGAUGAUGACCUAAUGCUUGAUGUUGAUCUGCCAGAGGACGGGGCCUUACACAAUGAUGGGAUGGCCCACUUUGAGCGCUCUGACAGGGGGGGGCGGCCGACUCAAUGGAGGAGGAGACAACAAAGAUGGAGUGGAAUGGAUCAUGCUCAUAAUGACAAUAGGCUAGCCGGUUUUCAUUACGAUGCCUGUCGUACAGGCCAUCGGCCUCUCCAACCCACAGUUCAGCACGACAGUCACACGGUGGUGCUAGAUGAGCUCACUCUCAAACACGUGGCAGAAGACUGCUCAUCUGUGAAAUCACAGCUGCUCAAACUCAAGAGUCUGCUGCAGAUGGAUGAUGGUGAGAUUACUCCAGAGGGUUUGGAUUCCAGCGAAGAUGACAGCAGAGCCAAGCAGAUGGAGGAACUGAUGAAGGAGGUGGCACAUCUCAGGGAAGAGCUGAAAAAUAAAGAUAAAAUCAUCACACGGCUCACUCAUCAGCAGCAUCAAGAAUCUCCGGUGAGAUGUCAGUGUCAUCAGCUGAAGUCAGGGGCCAAAGGUGAGAGAAGAACGCAUCACGAUAAAUCCACUCAGACGGUGUGGCGACCGCCCCAUCAUCACCCCGCUCCUCGAAUACUUCAGCCCAUCAGUCACUUCCCCAACGAGCCCCUCAUGCAGGGAAAACUAGCAAGAACAGUCCCCACCGGGGGCCACAAUGAUGCCUGCACGGAAGGGGAACAGACUCCUACGUCUUGUCCUCCAGUCCCCUGCACCGAUCCAAUUCUUCCUCCUUUUGGAGACCCACAUGUGGAGUCGAAAUCUCUUCCUGACCCAGAGGAGCUGAGUUGGUUGCUCAGCACUCAUCUUCGCAUACAAGACAACGAGAGUAACUCACAAGAGGCUGGGGAACAGAUUGCGAGACCAACCCCAGAAAGCCGUCAAAAGAAACUCCUGCAAACACCUCACACCCUGUCCUUCAGCCCACGUUUCCUGCAGCCUCCACGUCUACACAAACGGGUAACUCUCCCUGCUCUGCAUAUAGGGGGCAGUAGUGGGUCAAACCCAAAACCAGGACCCUCAGUGAACCACAUGUCCCAUCAGCUUCUUCCUCCUCCGUCCAGAGGUUUACCAUGCUAUAGUGCAGGGAACCACGUCGUGACUCGCGGCCGGCUAUCCCAGCCUUGGCCAGCAGUGGUCAGGAGAGAGGCUGACCCAGAACACAACGCUUCGGUACCGCUCGGUAUCUCCACAAGACUUGCAAAGCCAAAGAACCACUGAGCGUCAGCUGCAGCCAUAGACACUGAUAAGGCUACCUCCCUGAACGCAUGAUCACAUGCGCCUUGCACUAGAUGGUGUUGUUAGUGGCUAGAAAACCUUUUAAGCUAAAUAAAGCAGCUAAGCUAUCGCAUCUAACUAUGCAACAAAAAAGUAGUGUCACAAUCAGCGCUUCUGUCGCACAAAUCCGCUCGUUUGGUUCGGACUAAAAGUCAUUGAUCGUCAUUCCAAAGCCACUGAGAAACAUUUACCACUCACUAUUAUAUUAUCCAUAAAUAACCAUAUUAAUCUGGAGAAAAGGAUGACUGACAGAAAUUCAGACUGAAAGAGAGCGAAACAAGCAUUGGAAUGCACUAGAGAGCUUUUUUUUUUUUUUUUACCAUUACUCGAACGUCAAAGACGACAUGAGUGCGGUGCCAUAGACUGCCUGCGGGGCUUUUUCAAAGCCCUCAGUCUCUGGAUAUUUUCCCAUGUGGCGUGCCCUCUGGAUGCCCACUCAUUUAGUGGGCGAAUCUGACAUUUACAUCACCAACCUCCCGAGGCUUAACUGCGAAAACGCAUAUUAUUCUCUACGCAACCUCCCAGAGCUUGUCGUAAAGACAGAGAGAAGUCAGUAUGUCACGUGACCCAAGUCUCAUCUUCAGUUUCCACAGGAAAACCUGUCAGUCUGCUGUGAUUUGAUCUGUUUGUAUAUUACUUCAUGCCUCAUUUCACAUCCUUGUCUGUAUUCACCACAUAGACAUGAGGAAAACCGGUCCAAGCUACAAAAUUUCUUUCUUUCUUUUUUCUUUUUUUUUUUUUCAUCAUUCUUGUUCCUAUGUCUUGUUUUUCAGUGCUAAAGAGUUGCUUUGACAUACAGACACAGUGUUUUGGCAGGAGGGCGCUCAUGCCGCUGUCAGUGCUUCCUUUAUUUUCACCUUGACUUAAGUCAUGAUCAGCAGUUUUUCAUUUUAAUUAGGCUCAUGCCUCCUGUAUUAACAAGGCUCUUUUUCUUGAUUAUGGAUUAUGGCAUGCUCAAAGCAUAAACUUGCCUUUUCACCCCAUUAGUUGCACACAAAAUUGUUAUCAUGCUUUUUAAUUAUUUAUACAUUAUAAAGAUGUUUACAGUUAAAAUGCCUUUAUUAAGCUGUUCAGUCAGCUCCAGUGCUGCGGGAAUAACAUUUUUUGCCUUAUCUUUGGCACACAAAUUCUAUUGCAGAGAUUUGAGAGAGUUGUUAACUUUUGGAAAAGAUUUUCAUCUUGAUUUUGCACUAACUUAUUUUUGGCUUUGCAAGCAAUGUUAAAAACAAAACAAAGUACCAUUUAUGGUAAAAUGGUGAAGACAGAGAUAAAUCGGUUUUUCUAGUGCUGUAAGUUGCUUUUGACCACAGUAGGUGUUUUGUAGGACAUUCAGGAUGUUUUUUUUUCCCUUAAAGAAAGGUUUUCUGUUCUUAAGAUGGUGUUUUCUGUUCUUAAGAUUACAUAAGUGUGUCUUAGAAGGUUGAUAAGAUUUAGUAAUUUGAGUUUUUGUGCUUUUGGCAUGCCUUGAUGCAUAAUACACACUGUAAUACACAAAUAUACAGUAAGAUCCAUUGCAUGAAAGCACAUGGACUUAUCUGUACCAUAAUUUUAACACACCUCUGUGUGUUUAUGUGCAAUAUAUGUAGAGUGUAUCCUUACUAGUAUAUACAGAUACUUUACCCUAAACUUUUUCAGUGGAUGUUUAAUCCAAUGCAAAAAAAAAUAUUUUAUUGCCAUUUUCCUAGAAUACGAGGGGCUUUGAGUGUUACAACAUGCUCUCUUGUGGGCUGCAUACUUCUAGAGUCUAGACACACCCUAAGCAGUGAUAGGCAGCCAUGUCUAAAACCAACUAAAGAAAAUCAAUAGGAGGAUAUUUGUGUGUAUGCGUUUCUCUCUCACCCAACUCUGUGGUUAUACUAAGCAGAAAAUCAAUAGAGAGCUUGUUUUGUAAUGCUCUGGAGACACUUUGUUUGUAUUUCUUUCUCUCUUUCUGUCUCUUGUUGUGUCUGUAUACGUGUACAGGAGGAGAGGUCCCGCUUUAGUCUUGAUAAUGCAAAGUCACAAGAGAAAUUUGAUUCAGUCUGCUGUGGUCAGAGGUGAAUUGCUUGUGUCAGUGAGGUGCCUGUUUAUAGCUAGGAGGAUCUUGCCUGUUAACAAGGCAAACAAUUAUGAUCCAUAUUUAAAGGGACAGUUCAAUCAAAAUGACAAAUUUUGUCAUUUGUUCACCCUCAUGUUGUUCCAAAGAAUGAGUUCCUUUUUUUCUGUGGAACUUAAAAGAUAUUUUGCUGAAUGUCUUAGUCCGUACAUUUAAAGUCAAUGGGGUCCAAAAAGUCUUCUCAAAAGUUCAACAACGUGUCUUGGACCAUUUUUCACAGAAUGGACAAAAACAGUUUCUUUUGUGUUCCAGAGAAGAAAAAGUCAGGUUUGGAGUGACAAGGGGUGACAACAUUUCCAUUUUUGGAUGAACUAUGCCUUUAAACUGAGAUAAAGCAGUAAAGCAGCAAAAAGUUUUGUUUGAGAAUUAUUAUAAACCAUGCAUCCUGGCAUUUCUUGAACAUAAUAGUAUAAUGGAUGCUUUAAAUGUGAGGCUUUCUACAUCUCUGUUCAUGCAGUAAAACACUCUCAGCCCACUUUAUGAGUAUCUAAAAAAACUCAAAGAUGCUGUUUCCUUUAACAAAUCACCAUUGAGGUGCUGCAUUGAUUAAAAAAAAAAAGAUCAGUUAAAUACACAGUUAAAACACUAGUUUUUAGAUUUCCAAAUUCCUAAAAAAAAAAAAAAAAUGCACUCAAACAAAGACCUCUUACUGUUGUGUAAAAUGCAUUUAUGACUUGCUGCCCAUGUGUGUAUGCUGCCUUCUGGGCUUUUUUUCACCUGGAUGAUACUUUGAUAGCAUGAAAUGUCUGAAUCGAUAAACACUUGCCAUGAAUUCCUUUUCAAAAAAUCUUCAAUUUUUCCUUCCAUAUAUAGUUCAUGUCUUAACAUGUUUUUCACCUGUUGUGACCCAAGAGUAUGUGGCAUUGUCAGAACGCUAUACCAUCGCUCCAUUAUAGCUUCAUGAAAACAACAGCUGCCAACCUGUUGGUCUGGACAGAAGAGAUGUUUACUAACAGGAAUGAAUUCAAGCACUUUAAAUGAUCCGUUUCAACCUCCACGAUGGAGAGACUGUGGUCUUUUUGACCUGAUCUGUUUGAUUUGCUGUCAUUUUAUUGUGUGCAACUUCUUUUAUUUGGCUGUUGUGUUUUGAUGUUCUGCCCCUGUAUGCCCUGUUCCAGUGGAAGGUGUGAGACUUCAAUAAAGUGAAGGAAUAAGA